CACCAUGCAGUAACAGAUGAGGAAGCUGAGGCAGCCUUCGCAUAAACUGACAGGCAGCCUUGAAGAUGAAGACAUUCCACUAACGAAGCAGAUGUUUCCAGACCAUUCAAAGGCACAAGCGGAUCCUAAAACCAAGGGAUAAAGCAGCCGGGGCAAUGGUGGGAGUGAGUGGGCUCAUUGCCGUUGCCAUUGUAACUCUCCUGAUCGUGCAGUUCCUAAAACUGCAAUGGUUGAGUCGGCAGUACCCACCUGGACCAACCCCGUUUCCCUUAAUUGGAGGUCUGUGGCGCUUGGACUUGAGACUCAACCAGGAAACAUACACCAAGAUAUCAAAGGAUUAUGGGAAGAUCUUCACCAUGUGGGUGGGACACAAACCCAUGAUUAUCCUGAAUGGGUUCCAUGCUGUGAAGGAGGCGCUGGUCACGCAUUCCGAACAGAUGACGGGCCGGCCCAUGACCCCUUUCGUGAUUGAUACAAUGAAGGGAAAAGGAGUUCUGUUUGCAACUGGCCACAUCUGGAAGCAGCAGAGGCGCUUUAGCUUGACGACCCUGCGGAACUUAGGCAUGGGGAAGAAAGGCGUGGAGUACCGCAUUCAACAGGAGGCGAACCAUCUCCUCGAACUAUUUGCAAACGAGAGAGGGAAGCCCAUGAACCCUGCUCUCGCCAUCUUCCCUGCGGUCUCCAACGUGAUCUCGUCUGUGGUGUUUGGGCAUCGCUUCUCCUACGAUGACGAGGUCUUCCAAGAGAUGGUCAAGGCUGUCGAUUUCAUGUUCCAUUUUUUGCCGAGCCCGUUUCGAAUUGCAUAUGAUCUUUUCCCUGGGCUGAUGCGCCGUCUGCCGGGACCUCACCAGAAGGCGUUCGAAUGCUUGGCGAAAGGGCAUGCAAUUAUAAGGGACGAGAUCAAAAGCCAUGAGAAGACCAGGGACCCAAUUGACCCGCAGGAUGUAAUUGACCACUAUCUGAAUCAGAUUGAAAAGAGCAAAGAUGACCCCAACAGCACAUUUGACGAGGAAAACAUGGUCCACGUCAUCACCGACUUCUUUGCAGCGGGGACCGAGACGACAGCCGUCACGCUUCUCUGGGCUCUCGUCUACAUGCUAGCCUUUCCAGACAUCCAAGAAAAAGUCCAGGAGGAGCUACAUUCCGUCCUGGAUCCUUCCAAAGAGGUCUGUUACGAGGAUCGGAAGAGGCUGCCGUACACCAAUGCUGUCGUUCAUGAGGUCCAGCGCCUCUGCAAUCUCCUGCUGGUUGGGUCCUUCAGAGAAUGCACAGCAGACAUAACCCUGCAAGGCUAUCAUAUUAAAAAGGGCACCGUCGUUGUCCCCGAUGUAGCUUCUGUCUUGUACGACCCUGACCAGUGGGAGACGCCUCAUCAGUUCAACCCAAAUCACUUCCUGGACAAAGAUGGGAAAUUCUUCUGCAAGGAAGCCUUCAUGCCCUUUGCAGUAGGGCAUCGCAUUUGUGUGGGGGAGCGCUUGGCGCGGACCGAACUCUUCAUUGUCUUCACCAAACUUCUGCGGGUUUUUAAAUUGCAGCUUCCGGAAGGAGUGAAGAGUGUCAGCAUCAAACCUAUAACCGGAGGAUUGGCCAUGGUGCCACAACCCUAUAAGCUCUGUGCUGUUCCUUACUAGGUUCCAGAGGGGGAGGGGGGUGGGCCUCAGAGAUGGGCUAUCUUUCUGGCAUCUGAGUUGCCCCUUUCAUAUCUACAUGUUUUAAGCUGGUUUUGGAAUAUUUAGAAUAUUUAAAUGUUGCUGCUGGUGAUUACGUUUCCGCUGCUCAGGACCCCUCUGGGAGAGGGAAUGUAUUAUAAAUUGAAUAAAGAAACAAAUAUUCCUAAUUUCAUCCAGGUGGAUGUUCUUUUACCUAAGGUAAAAGGUUCACAUACCCAUUUGUGAUAUUCCUAUAAUAACAUGCCUUGCCCCUGAAUGACUUAUCAUAGGCCCCAUCUGCAUUACAUUUUUAAAAGCAGUACCUUACUAAAGGACAGGCUAGGUGUGGAGGAAUGGUGGAGGACACCUGGCCAAGGGCCCCUGAGGGAAACCACAGAGGGAUUAGGAUCCUGGCUCCUGGUGGUGGGAAACCGGACACACCCCAGAGGAAGGGAAGAGCUGGGGAGUACUGGAGGCUGGGAGCUUGGAGGAGGAGGAGGAUGAAGAAGAAGAGGAAACAGGCAGGUGCCCCAGCACAGGGCAGGGACAGGAAUCAGACCUGGCAGCUCCACCACAGAGCCACUCUGAUGUCUUCUCUUCUUCCCCCUCCACUCCCAGAACAAAGCAUCUAUUGCAUGUUAAAGAGCAGAGUUGUUGUUCAGUCGUUCAGUCGUGUCCAACUCUUCGUGACCCCA